CCUUUGCCAAGGGCAAUACAAAGGCCGUUAAUCCUAUGCCUAUCCUGAAAAGAGUUUCACUUCACUUUCAGUUUACGGUCCCAGAAAACGAAAAAGGCCAUGGCCUUUCUGCAAUAUCCAUCUCCAUCCUUUAGAAUCACCUCAAUUCCUACUUAUUCAGUGCCCAUCAGAGCAUCUUCUCGUCUCUCUCUGCCAGUUACUCCUAGCUUAAACUCAAGCACUCCCCGCAACUGGGUCCCAGAUUUUAGAGCCAAGUCCUUGAACUGGAUUUUUUCUGGUGCUCUUGCUCUUAGUUUAUCUCUACCAGGGAUUGGGUUUGCGGAGGCAAAAGUUGGGGUUAACAAGCCAGAAUUACUUCCUAAAGAGUUCACUUAUGUGAUUGAUGUAGCUGGCUUCCUCUCUGAUGGCCAGGAGAAAAGACUUGCAGAGGAGAUCGGUAACAUUGAAAAGGAUACUGGCUUUAAAUUGAGAGUUCUAGCACAAAAUUACCCUGACACACCAGGGUUGGCAAUCAAAGACUUUUGGCAAGUAGAUGAUAGAACUAUUGUUUUUGUUGCUGAUCCCACCUUUGGCAAUAUAUUAAAUUUCAAUGUUGGGGCUUCUGUUGAUUUAGACAUUCCACGAAGCUUUUGGAGCCGUUUGGCUGGGAAAUAUGGGAACAUGUUUUAUUGGAAAGAGAAGGGAGAAGAUGCAUCUAUUGAGGCUGCUGUCUUGGCAAUAUCCAAUUGCUUAAGAGAACCUGUGGGGCCAAAUAAUUGCUCCGAGGUAAAAUAACACUAUAUCGGUACUAGAAGCAAGAUUUAUUCCAAUUCUGACAAGAGUUGUAUAGGUAGGAAGGUAUAUUAUGUAAUAUUAGUAACAAAGUGGUGAAGGAAUAAGAUUUUACUUAUUCUUCAGAUGAUAGUCAAUACCUAUUGUUUCCACAGAAUCAUGUAAUGUUGUUUCUGGAUUGAACAAAAGAAACAAUGCUACAGAUUUGAGUAGCAUACAAAUUUGGCAAACACUAUCAGACAACAGGGUUAGAGGAA